AGACCAGACUCGAAAAGAAUAGCUACUACAAUAUUACAUCACUCCCAGAAACAAAAACAACUGCACGUUGAUAAUUUGCACGAAUGAUAUCAAUGAAUUGUUUAGAGUUUGGUGGUUUGGUUUUAAUAAUUCAGUUGUUGGCUCAACAAUUGUGGAAAAUAAUGAAUUAUACAUCAUUUGAGACCUACACGAGAAAGGAAGGUAUUUUCGGUGCUUUCUUUUAUACAACGAGUUUGUAAACAAAGUACGAAUGUCACUCAUCAGUAAAACUCAGUGUCUAUAAAAUAUGGCAAAAUUGCGCAUGCGUGAUUUUAUUUGCACUCCAGAGGCUCCCGAUUUGAAUCGAUACGUUUUUCAUUGUUCCGAAACGUUUCACGGGCACCUAGAUCCUUAGAUCUUGUUGUACAGCGCACGAGCUCAUAACAUCAUCAACUGACGGAAAACGCCGAAAUCAAAACGUUGAUAUAAGUGUGGAACGGCUUUAAAAAAAAAAAAAUAAACAACAGCAUGAAACAGAGUUCAUCAAUACGUUUGAAAUUGAAGCCACUCAAAAUGAUUUUUACAUUAAGCAUAAUGCUAAUGUGGAACAUUUCUAUUAUAGUUGCAGUACCAUUAAGUAUUUCGUACUUAAAUCAAGAUGAAAGUAUAAAAAAUGAACAUUUUUUAUUACAAAAAGGAGGUGCAGAUAGACUAACCGACAAACAUAGUUGUUCGGUUAACGGUUCUUUGUACAAAGACGGUGAAAACAUUAUUGGAGCAGCAGGACCUUGCGAAGAAUGCAUUUGUCAUCCGCCUAAUGUGGUGUGUUCUAUGAUGAAAUGCCCAAUUAGUAGUGGCUGUAUUACUAUCCAGUUGCCUAACAAAUGCUGUCCCAUGUAUAAGUGUGACUGCGAACACAAAGGUAGAUUAUACAAUAACGGGGAAAAAGUUGAUUCCUAUGACGAUUCUACUUGUAGAGUUUGUUAUUGUAACGGCGGAGAAAUAGUUUGUACUUCGAUAAUGUGCUACACGCGGAACGAUUGUCAAGGAUAUUACCUACCAGGAGAUUGCUGUCCAAAAUACGAUAAUUGCACGUUGACAUAUUCAGAGCUUACUCACAGCCAAGAAAAUUAUUCUAAACAAUCAAACAUUACAAUCAAUUCCCACAGCCUUACAACAACUGAGACAAAUUAUAACGAAGAUGAAGAUAGUAUUAAGAAAAGAGAAAUGACCAGCAGUCUACAAUUAAAUAUACCUACUGUUCCGAACAUGGAAUUAUCGACUAGUUCUGAGAUCGGAAUCACUCAAUCGAGUACAACAAUACAAAAUAAUAAUUCUGACGAUAUAUCAGUUUAUAACAGUGCAACUGAGAUCAUGGUCAGUAAACUUAACGUCGUUGAAGAAUCAACACAUUCUUUUUUGGGUAUUAAAACUGAUAUACAAAGUAUUGGAAUUUCGAAUACUGGAACUUCGACAGCAAAUAAUGAUGCAACUGAUACUACUUUACAGAACACAGAACCAGAUUCAUUUUCAGAAAUGUUUGAUGAUAAAAUUGAAACAACAACAGAUAUUGAUAAUUCAGUUGUAAUUACUUACCAAAAUGGUACAGAAAGUGUAGUCGGUGUUAACGAAGUACCAUAUGUUAGCACAGAACAAUCUUUUACUUCAACUGAAAGUACUAGUACUCAAGUAGAAACUUUCGAUCCAAGAGACUUAAAUACAGGAGUCAAACGACCAAUAAUAGAGUUUUCUACAGAUGUAUCUGAAGUAAAUUCAACAACAGACGACUUAGACGAUGAAUUAUUCAGGGAAGUAACAACACCACCGCCGAUGGAUAAAUCGACAGUAAGUGUUCCUCAUAAAUUGACAUUGGGAAAAUCUCAAAGACAAACGGAAGAUGAGGGAAAUACAGAAAUAAUUUUUACUGAUUUAGAAGAUACGCCAGACAUGUUUGGCCCAAACUUUGCUCAUCGGUCAAAUAAAGUACAAACAGAUGUAACUGCGGAUAACGCGGAAAACAAUACGUACUCAGAUUUAGAAGACACACCAGACAUGUUUGGCCCAAAUUUCGCUCAUCAGUCAAAUAAAGUACAAACAGACGAAACUGUGGAUAAUGUAGAAAACACUACAUAUUUAGAAAUGACUAUGCAUGAUAACAAUUUAACAACGUCAAAUGCAAUCAGUACAACAGAAAGUAAUACCACAGUUCCUUUGUACACUAGUUAUAAUAAUAGUUUAGAAGAUAAAAUCACAAAUGACCCUAUCACUAAUCAAAAUCCAAUAUCAACAUUAGAAAUCAUUAAUAACAAUAGUCUAUUAAAUUCAGAAAUUGAAAAACAGUAUAGCUCAACACAAAGUAUUCAACUAACCGAAGUUAAUGAUAAAAACAUUUCCGAAAUAGAUGUAGCAAAAUAUGAUAGUGAGUGUAUAAAUAACAAUUGCACAGAUGGCCAUAAUUUAAAUGAAGAUUCAUCUACAAAACCCCAAAUAGAUUUCAGCUCAGCGUCAGUGCCUUUUAUAAUUACAGCUAAAGCAGUACCAGAUAAAGCAUCAUCUCGAUACAUAGAUGAAUCAAUGCCCUAUCCAGAUGAAUAUCCAGAAGAAUUUGAAACCAUUCAAAACGGCCCUUCAGUUAUCAUUACACGAAGAACAUAUACAAGUAUUCCCGACGUAGUUUAUACAACCACUACAAUGGUAACAUUACCAACAUUAGACAUGAUAUACAAAGCAAGUGAAGGAAUAGAAAAUUAUUUAAUAGGGGAAAAUCAAACUACGACUGCUCGACCCAAUAAUAACAAACUUAAACCUCUUCAACCGACCAAUUCAACUAAUUCUACAAAUAAUUAAUUUAAAUAAGUUUUACCAAGUGCUUUAUUUAAUGCACUUAUAUUCAUUAAAACGUCUGUAGCAACACCAAAUUGAUUUAAAGCAAAUGUACAAUUUUGGAAAAAAAUUAUUUAAAAUCGAUCAUGUCAACUUGUAAAAAAUGAGCAAUUAAAAAAAAAAAAAAUCACAAAAUUAUUUUUCA